CUUUCUUUACACACUCUAUUGGUGUUGUUCUGGUGUUGUACAACGCGCAAAAUUCUAAAUCUGAAAUUUCGAGCUGUUUUUCCUCUCUUUUGAGUUUCGAAUUUGAAAAUACAUUGAGAGAAACAUUUGCAGAGAGUAAUAGUUACAUAAAACCAUGCUGCUCUCGAAGCCUGUUCAAUACUUGGGUCCUCGUUGCAUCAGACUUCUUCGACCCACAUUAGCGUCCGCAUCCACCCUGCGAGCACAACCUUUGCAUUCGCAAGGUGGAGAGCAGCAGAUUUCCUCUUCAUGGAGCCUUCGACUGGCAACUGCUGGAGGCUUGUUCGCGGCCGGAGUGGGUCUCGGCAUGGCCUGGGCCGAUUACUACGGCGACACCGGUAUCUUGCCCAGGGUAGAGGCCGCUCAGCCGUCGGCAGGAACUGAGGGUGGCAGCAGGAGGAAGAGCAACAACUUCAUCGCCGACGUCGUCAAAACCUGCUCGCCCGGAGUUGUUUACAUCGAAAUCCUCGAUGGCAGAUUUAAUCGAAUGAUGUCAAAUGGUUCAGGUUUUAUCGUCUCAGAUGAUGGACUUAUUAUGACAAAUGCUCAUGUUGUGUCGAGCAGAACGAGGAACACUGUUGUCGUUAAACUUCACGACGGCAGAUCAUUCGUUGGCAAAAUCGAGGACCUGGACAUGUCUGCAGAUUUGGCGCUCAUUAGGAUACCAGCUAAAAAUCUCUCUCCAAUGAAAUUGGGCAUUUCUAAUGAUCUUGAGUCUGGAGAGUGGGUUGUUGCAAUCGGCAGUCCCUUGUCUCUGUCAAACACAGUGACAGCUGGUGUUGUCAGCACGGUCGGCAGGAAGAGCAAGGAGUUGGGCCUUCACGGAAAAGGGAUGGAGUACAUUCAGACCGAUGCAUCCAUAACAUUUGGUAAUUCCGGAGGCCCGUUGGUGAACCUCGACGAAGAGGUGAUCGGCAUCAACGCAAUGAAAAUAACCGCUGGCAUUUCAUUUGCCAUCCCUAUUGAUUACGCCAAAGACUUUCUAUUGAAAUACCUUGCCAAGGCUAAAGACAAGGGCUUCACAAGUGAAGUGAAGAGCAGGAGGUACAUGGGCAUUACGAUGGUCACCAUCACCCCUGAGCUCAGGUUCGAGAUGACCCAGCGAAACAUGAUUUCCCUUCCUGAGGACGUCAGUGGAGUUUUCAUAGUCAAGAUUGUUGUUGGCUCUCCAGCUCAUAAGGGAGGUCUUCGUCCUGGUGAUGUGAUUACUCACAUAAACGGAGAGCACGUGAAAAGUGUCCAGGACAUUUUCAAGAGCUUGGAGAGCAGCCAGUCUCUGGAGGUGGCUGUCCGAAGAGGGGCGGAAACUCUGGACUUUGUGGUUGUUCCUGAAGAUUAGUUCAGAGCAUUUUUAUAUAAGACUGAGAUUUAAUUUGUGUCUGCGGUCCCUGCUGGACCCUGUAAAGGUAGGUCUUGAACUAAUUAAAAGUACAGACCGGCUGUAAGAUAAUUUAUUUGUAUGCUUCAUGUUGACAUUAAACCGAACCUUUAUUGUUUGA